CAAACAUCACUAUUCACGUUAGGACUCACUGUCUUCUGUUUCAUGUUGUUCUUUCUGUGACACUGACUACUGUAAAAUCUGAAGGUUGUUAUUAUUUUCGUGGUUUCCUGUUUCUGAACUCAAUGAGCAAAAGGAACUGACACAGUGGCUUGUGUUGUACUGCAAAAAAAAAGGUUGCGGAAUCUUGUUCCUUUGUUUGGUUUUGAAGAUAUCAAAACUCAAAACACCCUUUCAUAUUCAACUUUGCAUCUUCACCUCUGCUUCUCUUGAACUUGGGAAUUGUGUCUUCAAUGUUCGUUUCUUUUGAUUACUUCACAGGAAGGCGUGAAUUCUUUCGACAGAAAACAAAUGGCUACGCUGCAAGAUGUUGGGGUUGCAGCUGCCAUUAACAUUUUCAGUGCAUUUAUUUUCUUUGUGGCAUUUGCUAUUUUGAGGCUUCAACCUUUCAAUGAUCGGGUAUACUUCCCAAAAUGGUAUCUGAAGGGUUUAAGAACAGAUCCUGUACAUGGAGGAGCAUUUGUGCGCAAGUUCAUCAAUUUAGACUGGAGAUCAUAUCUUGGGUUUUUGAAUUGGAUGCCAGAAGCACUUAGAAUGCCUGAACCUGAGCUUAUUGACCAUGCUGGAUUGGACUCUGCUAUUUACUUGCGGAUUUACUUGAUAGGGCUUAAAAUCUUUGUUCCUAUAGCGUUCCUGGCUUGGACUGUGUUGGUUCCUGUCAAUUGGACAAGUACUGGUUUAGAAGGAGCCAAGAUAACUAACAUAACUUCCAGUGACAUUGAUAAACUCUCAGUUUCAAAUGUCCAUAGUCGAUCCGAAAGGUUUUGGGGGCACAUAGUAAUGGCUUAUGCAUUUACCUUUUGGACUUGCUAUGUGUUGCUAAAGGAGUAUGAGAAAGUUGAAUCAAUGAGACUGCAAUUUCUUGCAGAAGAAAGACGCCGUCCUGAUCAAUUUACGGUGCUUGUUAGAAACAUUCCACCAGACCCUGAUGAAUCUGUAAGUGAGCUUGUGGAGCACUUCUUUUUGGUCAAUCAUCCAGAUCACUAUCUUACUCACCAGGUUGUUUAUGAUGCCAACAAACUUGCAAAGUUGGUUAACAAGAAGAAGAAGUUGAAGAAUUGGCUUGUUUAUUAUCAAAAUAAACUUGAAAGAACUUCAAAAAGACCCAAAAUGAAGACAGGAUUCCUCGGUCUUUGGGGAAAGAAAGUUGAUGCUAUUGAUUAUCACACUUCCGAAAUUGAAAAGUUACUAAAAGAAAUAGAUGUAGAGAGGGAAAAUGUCACGAAUGAUCCCAAGUCUAUCAGGCCUGCUGCAUUUGUUUCGUUUAAAACACGAUGGGGUGCUGCCAUUUGCGCACAAACUCAACAAACCAGAAAUCCUACACUUUGGUUGACUGAGUGGGCUCCAGAGCCACGAGACGUAUAUUGGCGAAACUUGCCACUUCCAUAUGUUUCCCUCGCUGUCAGGAAGUUAAUCGUAGCUGUUGCAUUCUUUUUUCUCACUUUCUUUUUUAUGAUCCCCAUUGCAUUUGUUCAAACUCUUGCAAGUCUUGAUGGAAUCCAAAAAGCAGCACCAGGGCUAAAGCCACUUGUUAGUAUCCCUUUCAUUAAGUCAUUCAUUCAAGGUUUUCUGCCUGGUAUUGUGUUGAAGCUAUUCCUUAUCUUUUUGCCAACAAUAUUGAUGAUCAUGUCUAAAUUUGAAGGCUUUGUAUCUCUAUCAUCUCUGGAGAGAAGAUCAGCUUCUAGAUAUUAUCUUUUCAAUUUUGUGAAUAUAUUUCUUGGGAAUAUACUUACUGGAACAGCAUUUCAACAGCUGGACUCUUUCAUUCACCAACCAGCAAACCAAUAUCCUAUAACAAUUGGCACUGCUAUUCCUUUAAAAGCAAGUUUCUUCAUUACUUAUAUAAUGGUUGAUGGAUGGGCCAGUGUAGCUGCAGAGGUUUUGAUGUUGAAACCACUGAUUUUUUAUCACUUGAAGAAUUUCUUCUUGGUGAAAACUGAAAAGGACAGGGAAGAGGCCAUGGAUCCUGGGAGUAUUGGUUUUAACACUGGAGAGCCUCGUAUACAAUUGUACUUUUUGUUGGGUCUAGUAUAUGCUGCAGUGACACCUGCUGUUCUUCCUUUCAUAAUAGUUUUCUUUGGCCUGGCCUAUGUUGUGUUCCGUCAUCAGAUCAUUAACGUUUAUAAUCAGGAGUAUGAGAGUGGUGCAGCAUUCUGGCCUGAUGUCCAUUUCCGUAUUGUGCUUGCACUGAUAAUCUCACAGAUAGUUCUGAUGGGACUCCUCACCACCAAAAAAGCUGCUUCAUCGACUCCAUUUCUCAUUGUGCUCCCAAUACUAACCAUAUGGUUCCAUAGGUACUGCAAAGGCCGUUUUGAACCUGCAUUUGUUAAAUUUCCCUUACAGGAAGCAAUGAUGAAAGAUACAUUAGAACGAGUAACAGAACCUAACCUGAACUUGAAAGGUUAUCUUCAGUUUGCCUAUGUUCAUCCAGUUUUUAAGGACAGCAUGGAUGACUAUGAUGAUGAUGAGGAAGAGAUACUCAGCCAAACGUGGGAAACUGAAAGUGUAACUGUGCCCACAAAACGCCAAUCACGAAGGAAUACACCAUUACCCAGCAGAAUUAGUGAUGCAUCACCAUCUCCUUCUCUGCCUGAUAGCAUUCGAAAUCAUCCAGAGCCUUAAAGCAAUGGAACAAGUAAUGAUAUCACUCUGCAUUUGACGUUUACAUCAUUAUUUUUCCAGAAUCCAGAGAGAUUACGAUGCUAUGAAGAGGGCGAGAGCAGUGAUAAGCUGUUCACGGGUUUGAUUCCAAGGAUAAAAGAUACUUUUGUUUUUUCUUCCUUAAAGGAUAAAAGAUACUUUUGUUUUUUCUUCCUUAUAGGAUAAAAAGGUGUUUUUUUUUUUUUUGAAAGAUCUGUAUCACCAAGCACAUAGAGGAGUUGCAGUAGUAUAUUACACUCGGGAAAAUUGUAAAUUAUCUGAAAACUGAUAGUACAUGAGUUAAGCUUGACCUUAUCUGCCAUUGUGAAUGUUGAAACAAAAUGGAAAAGGCAUCCUUAGUCGAAGGAUAGUAUUG